CACUUUGCUGGCCCAAUUUUCUUGAUUUUUCCAUUUUGAUUGUAUUUGUGAGUGUGUGUAUCCGUGUGUGUGUUUCCAACUAUCCAAUUUUCGGAACGAAUAAAUAUUUUCGGCAAAAACAUUGUGAAAUGAGUGAGUUUGUGCGAUGAUGAUGAUGAUGAUGAUGGUGAUAGUCCAGAUCCACGAAUCAUCAUCAUUUCAUAAACAUUAACAAUUGACGGCACGAUAUCCAAAGUCCAGAAAAAAAAGUUGACUAUCUAUUUAUCUAUCUAUCUAUCUAUCUGUUUACGUUGGUUUUUGUUUUGUUGGCCAUUUUUAAUUACAAUCACAUGUAUUAUUUAUUCGCGUUAUACAUACCAUGAUGGUGUGCGGUACGGUGUGUGUGUUGUAAUGUAUAAUUCACCGAAAAAUUUGAAAUGGAAAAAGAUUGCCAGUUUCCUCAUCAUCAUCAACAGAAAGAAUAAAUGAAAGUUUCAAGUGUUUGGCUCUCACUCAAUAAUAAUCUCAUGUUCUAAAUAUUCUCGAUGGUCACGCGGAAUUCUGUGGAAUCGUUAUAGAUUCUCUGAUUCUCAUUUUUUUGUUGUUUAUGUUUGUGAUUAAAAAAAAAACAAAGUCAAAAUAGAAAUGGUUAGUAACAAUCGUUAUCGAUGUCCACAUAAUAAUGAUAAUGAUAAUGGAAAUGGAGAUGACGGUGGCGGAAACCAUUUUGAUCCAAUUGGUAACAAUGAUAAUGAUGAUGAUGAUGAAAACAGUGAAAGACGAAGACGACAACGACAAUAUUCAAAUCGUAGUGGUAUAAUAAUAAAUGAUUCAAAUACCUAUAACCAUAAUAGUGGUAGUAGCAUUAAUAAUGUUGAUGGUGGAAUGAAAUUACGUUCAAAUAGAAUUAUUGGAACAAUCAUGACGACAGUUGUAUGCGGCGGUUCACCAUCAAAAACAACAACCGGUGAUGAUGUUGAAAAUUUCCAGAAUCAAGAUUCUUCUUUUUCUUUGAAAUCAGACCAGAAUGGAAUGAAAUUAUUAUUAUUUGAGGAUUCCAUCAUUAAUGCAAAUAAUUCAUCGACAUCUGAUACGUUCAAAUCGAUAAAUAAUAAUCGUGAUUCAAAAAUCAUCAUUGCCAAUAAUGUUAAAACAACUUUAGGUGAUAAAAGAAAAAUUCCUACUCGACAACAACCAAAAACACCAUCUACGAUUCACAUACCAAGACAACAACAACGACGUUCGAGUGAUGAUGAUCAAGUGAUAAAAGCCAAAUCCCAAAACCAAUUUUCUAAUGAAUCCACCAUUAAUCAAACGAAUCAACGAAACAAACGAUCAUCAUCAUCGACAACAACCACCAAUAAACAACAAACGCAAGAUAAUAAUUUUGCUCAAAAACGUCGCCGAUUAAGACGUCCAAUUUGGAAUACAAAUUCUACGAAAAAAUCCACAUCAUCAUUAUCGGAUGUUAGCUAUUUCGAACAACAAAAACAACAGAAAAAAAUAGUGACCACCACCACUACCGAAGAAGAAGACAUUGAUAAUCAUAGUAUACGUUCAUCAAGUCCAAUGAAUAUUUGUCAAUCAUCAUCCAAUGAUUCAGAUAGUGGUUGUAUGAGUAGUAGUUAUGGUGAAUCAAUACAAUCACCAUCGACAACACCACAACAAUCGAUUGUUGUUAAAUCAUCAAUGGAAUCAUCACAAUCAAUCAACGGUUCUAAUGAUAACAAUGGUGAUAAUUGUGGAACAUUAUCAUCAUCAACAACCACAUCAUCAUCAUUAUCCGUAGCAAUACGAACACCACCAUCAACAUAUGAUCCAAAUGGUUUUGGUGUCAUUGAAGAUCAACCUGAACAAAAUGUUCAUGAAUGUCGUGAACAAGAUGAUGAGCCAAAUAAAAUUUUUGUUGGUGGUCUACCAUGGGAUACAACUGAAUAUGAUCUUGAAUAUUACUUUAGUCAUUUUGGUAAAGUCACCGAGAUCAAUAUCAAAUAUGAUCCAAUGUCAUGUUUAACACGUGGUUUUUGUUUCGUAACAUUUCAAUCUGAAGAAACUGUCCGCACUAUACUCCGGAAACCUGUUCAUAUAAUUAAAGGCAAAAUAAUUGAAUUAAAACGUGCUAAAUAUAGACCAAUUUGUAAAAAAGUAUUUGUUGGUGGCCUGGAUCCAUUGAUCACUGAACAAGAUAUUAAAACAUAUUUCUCACAAUAUGGAACGGUAAUUGCCAUAGAAUCACCUAAAGAUAAAAUACGUAAUCGAAAACGUGAAUUCUGUUUCAUUGUUUUCGAUAGUGAAACAGCUGUCGAUCGUGCCUGUUAUUAUCCACGACAAUACAUUAUCAAUAGGAUUUGUGAUGUAAAAAAAGCACAACCACAACCCAUUUGUUAUCAACAAAAACGUAUGGCUGCCACUGCCGGUUUAGAUCAAACGCUCAGUACAGCUCAUUUGAAUAAAAUUCUACUAAGUGAUGGUGGAAAAACGGCAGCAGUUGCUGCUAAUAUCGCAACAGUCGCACCAGAUAACAGUGCCACCAGUUCAUUACCACCCGAUACUCUAAAUCCGGUAUUGACACCAUUGGGAACCAUUCUUUAUUAUCAACCUUUGAAUUCUGCCCGUAUUACGACAACGGCUACACCUACGUCUAGCCUCAGCCCUCGUAUAAUGCCAAUAGUGGCUACCAGACCACCACCACAGGCAACAGGAACAACGAUACCCUUUGUGCCAUAUCCGGCUACAGGAAUCUAUUCUCCACAAGCUUUGUAUGCUUCUAUGGCUUCCUCGGUUACAAAUGGUUAUACUCAUAAUUUAAUUACCGGCGCCGCCAAUGCUACAGCAGUUACAACGGCUAAUCAAACAUCAAAUCCAUUAGUUGAACCAUCAAGUGUAGCUGAUUAUUACCUGAAUUAUUAUGCUCAAACAGCAGCCUAUUAUGCCCAACAACAACAACAACAACAACAGACUAUUAAUGAAUCAAUGUCCAGAUCGGUUGCACCGAAUCCAUCAACAAUGGCCAUCAUAUCAUCAUCUCGUUCAUCAUCAUCAAGUACAUCAUCGACAACUGAAUCAUCAUCGGAAUCAAAUAAUAUUCUUUCAUAUAAAUCAUGCCUUAAUACGAAUCCAAUCAUUGGCAAGCCUUCAUCAUUAGCAGCAUAUUCAUUUGCACAUCCACCAAGAAUGACUUCUUCUUAUUCACACCAUCAUCAUACAUUUAUCUAUGAUACAGAGGGUACAACAACUUCCUCUAAUACACCGACGAAUAAUUGAUCAAAUUGACAUUCAUAAAUUCAUUAAAAAUCCAUGCAAAAAUAUACAUGUGAUCUCAUCUCAUCUCAUUAAUCAAUCGGCCCUUAUACGACGAUAAUUCUUUAGUCAUUUUCAUACACACUCACACGCACACACCAAGAAUAAACAGAAUACACGUGCACAAUUUUUUCUUUUGAGUGAUUCCAUUAUUAUAUAUUGAUUUGUUGUUUUUAUUGAUUAUUGUUAUAUGAUAAUCGACAUUUUUCAACAAUUUUCAUUGUUUAUGUCAUUAAUCACAAUUUUUUCUCAAAAAAAUAAUAAAAGCUAUUGUUCCACACACGCUGCUUGUGAGUGUGUGUGUUUGAUCGAUAAAUAAAAAUCUGAA